AUGGAGAGAAGAUCUGUAUCUCCCACCAAGAGUGGGAAAUUCAUGAACCCCACUGACCAGGCUGGAAAGGAAGCUAGAAGAAGGGAAUUAAAAAAGAACAAGAAACAACGAAUGAUGGCAUGAGCUGCAGUACUGAAGAUGAAGGAUCCCCAAAAAAUUAUCUGGGACAUGGGGAAACUGGAUAAGAUGGAGUUCAAUCCAGUACAACAGCCACAGCUACAUGAAAACGUGAUCAAAAGGAAAUGCAAAAAACUUCAGGAAACUUUUCAGAGAAUUGUCCAACUCUAUGAAAAGGAAAAUCCAGGUAUCGCCAAAGAACUUGGAAAGUUAGAGGUGCAGUGUGAGCAGAAGAGGGCCCAGCUCAGUCAAUACUUUGCUGCUGUAAAGAAGGCUCAGCACGUUGAAGUGGAAAGCAUCCCACUGCCUGACAUGUCUCAUGCUCCUUCUAACAUCUCUCUCCAAGGAAUACCAUUGCCUGGUGCACAGUCACCAACUGUUCUCAAAAAUCUCUCUGCCUAUGGACCUCCCACCAGGGCAAUUUCUCUGCUUCCUUUCCCUGGACAUGGUGUUCCUCCUUUACCUCCUGGCAGAAUUCCUCCGGGCCCACCCCCUGGGCCACCUCCUUUCCAAGUGCUGCAGAUGUAUGGCCAUAAAGUGGGUUUUGCUCUAGAACUUGUUCCUCCUCAGCAGCAGGAUAGUCCAGAACUUGCUCAAGGAGGUCGUGAUGACCAUGCUUUCAGCACCAUUGAAAAAGAAGAUUGUUCUCAAGACAUGGAUCAAGAUAAGCAUGAUGACAGCAGUUGUGACAGGAACAUCAACAAGUCAGAUGUCUCCUGGGAAGAAGAGUUCAUGGCUGAUGAAGAGAGAGAGAACAGUGAGGAAAAAACUUCAGUUCUCAAUGUAAGAUUUGCUGGUGUUCCUGGAGAAUUGGGAAAGAAAAAGAAAAACAUGAAGCAAAUAACACCUCUUCAAGCUACCAUGCUUAGAAUAGCAGGUCAGGAAAUUCCUGAAGAGAGGCAAGAAGCUCAGGUAUUUUCAGAGGAUGAUGACCAGGAGGAUUCUGAGGACUUAAAGGACACAAGAGAGCAGCAGCACAAGGAAGUAUCUCUUCCUGAUGGGGCAUUCUCCUCUCCUGCUUCUCAGAAACAGCAACCACUUCCACAGGCUGUUCUUCCUGCCAUACCAGGACUCCACCUUGCUCCACCAUUACUACCAGCUCCUGGGCUUCCUCCUGGUCCACCCCCAGGAGCUACUCCCUUCUUAAAACCACUUGGGAUGUCAGGUUUUAGAGAGCCUUCACCCAAGCUUUUACUUUCUGGCCCGUCUCCUCAAGGGGGACCACCAAGGCUAUGUCCCCCAGCACCUCUCGCCAGCCCUCCAUCUCCUCCUGGGAGGACAAACCCACCUUUUGUACCCCAACUUGGACGGGCUCCACCUGGGCUUUUUCCACCAGCUCCCUUGCCCAAUCCACAGAUUUUAAAUGCUCCACCUAAUUUGAUCCAGAGACCUAAAAUGCAUGAUACCACUGCAGGUCCCAUUGAGAAGAAAGUCACAGCUAUCAUCAGUGCCAAGCCACAAAUCACCAAUCCCAAGGCAGAAAUGAUCAGAUUUGUGCCCACUACACUGAGGGUUCAAUGAGAAAACAAAAGAGCUACUGCUACUGUUCCCCAAAGGAAAUCGGAAAAGGAUUUUACUAUACCCCUUGCCAAAACUGUCCCUCAAUCUGGCCCCUGCCCUGUUUCAGUCCAGACCAAGGACAAUGUAUAUAAGGCUUUCAUGAAAGAGAUGGAGGGGUUACUCUGAAUUUGUUGGUUUAAAGACAGCAGGUAUCAUAGACUGUCAUAGUAGAAAAUAUGGUUCUUAAAAGCAGGAGUUCUUAGAUAAUGGACCUGAGUGCAGAAGAGUUUACUUGUAUUGUCAUAGCAUUUUCUCACUUCAGUGUAAUGUUACUUAAUAUCUUAAUGUUAUUUAGCUUUGGUCAGAAUUAAUUGUACAGAAGAUAAAGAUGUUCCAUUCCUAGUGGACUGAUAAACUUCUAUAGAAGUAUUCCUUCAUAUCUCUACUAUAUCCACUAUCAUCAUUUUCUUUUUUCUUUUGAAGCAUGAGAUAGACAGGAUUUUCCUCAAGUGAGUUGGGUCAGGUACUGGAGGAGAAAUUUCUCAGAAAACAAAUAUUAUCUCUUUUGUGAUUUUAACUUCAAUUUUUAAAUGCUUUCAUUGUAAUUCUUUUGUAAAAAUUUUACUGAUUGUAAAAUAUAGACAAUCUUAUUUUCCUUCAAUGAAGCAAGAUGUCUGGGUGAGGAAAUUAGAAAUGUCAACUGCGAUGAUUUUUCAGUGACAAAACAAGUUGUGUUUAGUGUCUCUUAUAUAAGAAAUAAAUGUUUUAUUUAACAUGUAUGGGACUACUUGCCAUCUAGGGGAGGGGGUGAAGGGAAGGAGGGGGGAAAAGUUGGAACAGAAGUUUUUGCAAGGGUCAGUGUUGAAAAAUUACCCAUGUACAUGUUUUGACAAUGAAAAGCUAUAGUAAAAAAAGUAAAAAAAGAAAUAAAUGUUCUAUAAAAAAAAAAAAAAAAAAAA